AUGGGUAACAAUGGGAAUCUGUCCAAGGCAGAGCUGUUUAUACAGAAUCUUAACGCCAACAAUGCCAAAAAACUCGCCUUUGCAAUGGUGCUUGGGUUCGUAGUGUAUCAUGCCGUUCUUCACUGGCGCUAUGGUUCAGAUUCCUGCAAAUGGCUGCUCAGCGCUGGUCGGUUCAAAGGUGACAAGGAGUGGCAACCAUAUGGGUGCAUGCUGCACAAGUACACUGAAACCGAUACACGCAAAUGUCUACGGUAUCUUGCGUUUUGGGGGAACCAGAACCACUUCGUACUUAUCGGCGAUGAGCGGCUUCGGUCGCUGUCGCUCGAGUUCAUCGACUAUUUGAGAUCAAGCGAAACGGAAAACAAUUCCAAACAAUCCUCCACGAAGAAUACGGAGGACCUUCAGUUUACCGACUACAAACUGCGCCUCCGUGUGGAGUACAUUUACGCAAAUGAGGUAUCGAAAAGCUUGAUAGACGAAUUCAUGAAAUGGGAGCAUGAGGAAGAUCCGCCAAGUUUAAUCAUCGCCAGCUGUACCUACGCGACCUUCCAGCGCGGUAACGUGACGGACGAAAUACAGAAGGCGUAUGAGAAAAAUCUAACACGUCUCGUCACCCCGAUCGACCGGUUGUAUGCGAAGAAAACAAAAAUUAUCUGGAAACUGCAAGAUCCCGUCGAUCAGGAAAGCUCCCCAGAAGAGUGGAAGAAUGUGCGCAAUGAGGAUGUCGAUCGGAUCAAUCAAGCGGCCAGCAGUAUUUUGCAGUUUUCGGAAGCAAAAAUUUGGUCCUCUUCAAACAUGAUAGCGUCCGGGUUGGUGGACGAGUUUGCCGAUGGGCAAAAGCUAAGCACGCUCACACUGAAGCACGAUGUGCAGAUUCUGCUAAACAUGUACUGUAAUGAUUACAUGAACUAUAACGAUGGUACGUGUUGCAGCAGUGCGGAACCGUACACAAUCAUACAGGUUACAACGUAUGCAUUUUUGGCAGUAUGCGCCAGCAUCGCAACGGCCAUGUACGUGCGGAAGGGGAUUGUUAAGUGGCGCGGCGUACACGCUUACAUGCCACUGAAUCAACCGACCGACACGCAGUCUCCGAUAUCGGCCCUUGCCUCAUUGGCCAUCAUUAUGACUUAUUUCUAUCUUUGCGAUCGAACGAACUUCUUCAUGAAGGAAAACAAAUAUUACUCGGAGUUUAGCUUCUGGAUCCCGGUCGGGUAUGUGUUCGCCCUCGGGCUCUUUUUUACCGAGGACAGCAAGCUCACGAAGGUGUUGCACCGCGACCAGACGGACGAACUGAAGGGCUGGAUGCAGAUAGUUAUACUGAUCUAUUACAUGACCGGAGCUUCACACAUACUACCGAUCUACAUGCACAUCAAGGUACUGAUCAGUGGGUUUUUGUUUUUGUCCGGGUACGCACACUUCACCUACUGGUGGCAGACGGGCAAUGCCGGUUUGGUGCGCUUUUUGAACGUCAUGUUCCGGGUGAACUUUCUCACCGUCAUCCUGUGCCUGUGCAUGAACCGUCCGUACCAGUUUUACUUCUUCGUGCCGCUGCUAUCCUUUUGGUACAGCAUUAUGUACUUAAUGCUAUCGCUGCCGCCCCGUAUCACGGCGCAGAUAGCGGAAACCAAUCCGUACCAGUAUCUGUACGUGGUGGUAAAAUUCAUCACGAUGCUCGCCACCGUAACGGUGCUCUACAUGAGUGAGGUAUUUUUCGAACGCAUCUUCGUUACCCGACCGUGGAAGGCACUGUUCGUAACUACGGAUGAUGAUAUCCACGAAUGGUGGUACCGCUGGAAGCUCGAUAGGUAUACCAUCACGUACGGUAUGAUCUUUGCGGCCAUCUUCCAAAUUUCGCAACGGUUUGCCGUGGUGGAUGAUAACAAUCAUGGCAAUCUGUUCUCGAGACGAAUCUCCCUUACGUCCACGCUGGCCGCCAUUACCGGCAUCGGGUGCUACAUGACGUGGACAUUUUUCUGCCGCAAUCGGCAAGACUGUGAAGAGGUACACUCGUACGUGGUGUUCAUCCCGAUCGUGGGAUAUAUCCUGCUGCGCAACAUUUCUGGCAUACUGCGCACACGCUAUUCAACAUUUUUCGCGUGGUUCGGCAAAAUAUCGCUCGAGCUGUUUCUUUGCCAGUACCACAUAUGGCUGGCGGCCGAUCGGAACGGUGUGCUGGUACUGUUGCCCGGCUUUCCUACGCUUAAUGUGCUGAUAACGUCGUUCAUUUUUGUUUGCGUAUCGCAUGAGAUACAUCGCGUCACUAGCGUGCUGCUGCCGUACGCGGUACCGAACGAUUGGAAGCUAGCUCUACGGAAUAUACUGUUUUUUGUGAUCCUGCUGAUACCGUUGGGUCGAUACGACGGAAUGUUUUGA